AUGGCCGCCCAAGGCAAUCGCCCGAAUCAGAGUUCCUUUGCUGGCCUUUUGGUCGUGGCAAUACCCGCGGUGGAAGAUUUGGAUCACUUUGUUCAGGAAGAGAUUGGGCCGGACUAUACCGGUGAGGAUGAGGAUGAGCGGGAGCUGGGAAGGGACAAUCGCCCUAGCAACUCAGGGCCAGAAGAUAAUGGCGAGGGGCCUUCGCAGCCUUCGGAUUUACCCAGGACGAAGGAGAGCACCGGUGGUGGGGGGGCAACAGAGGUUGGAGACAAGGGUAAGGAUGUGGCCUCUGGCCAAAAUGAUAAUGAUGACGACUUAUAUAGUCGCCCAAGUGGUCCAAGUAAGUAAUUGUCCAAUGUAUUAUCAAACUUUGAGAAUCUAUAAUCUAAUUUGUUUUCCCACAAUUUGCAGGGAGACAGGGCCCACCGAUACCGGCUUCCCUACUUGACAGCCUCAUCCAGAAUGAACCGGAUAGGUCAAGCCGCCGACAUAUCAGGGAAAACCAGGCCUUGGAAGAUAAUCAGGAUGCGAUGGCGGCUGCGGUCGCGGACACUACCACCACUAGCGAUGGGGCCCUUCUUGGGCUCUGUGGUGACCAGCUCAACAAUGAUUUUGAGCACCAAGGGUUCGAAGAGGCCGUGAGAAUGUUGGGGGCAGAACUGCUCAUACCGGUCGAAGCCGAUAUCGGGCCCAGAAUGCUCAGAAUCCCAGGGAUCCCCCGUGGACGAUUCCUUCCCCAUCAGGUCUGGGGUGUUUGGUUUAUUGUAGAACGGAUCCUCGCAGACCGUCCCCCUGUGGCCCUAAUUGCUGAUGAUAUGGGAUUGGGCAAAACUCAUUACGCACUUGCCACACUGCUCUACCUCAAAUAUAUUGUUGAUGAGGCUGCAGCAGGCAGAGCUUUGCCGUGCUUAGGUGGAAAGUCGGUGGCUGAACUGGAGGUUGUUCCGCGGAUCUUUGGCGCCGAUAGCAAGGUGUACAGGCGGCCUCGCAUCAUCAUCGUCCCGGCCAACCGUGUCUAUACCUGGGAGCGAGUAGUGCAGAGUUUGAUUCCCCAGACUGGGGUCCAGCUAGUCAACCUCUAUUUGAGUCGUCAGCUCAACCACAACGAGCUCAACUACACUUCGGACGACCCCGGGCGCGGUAAAGCCAUCCAUCUGAUUUCCUAUAGCUCCUACAGAGCCCGCUAUAAACAUCUGGACCGCUUGCAGGGCUGCCAAUGGGGGAUUGGAAUUUUCGAUGAAUCGCAUAUGGCGAAAUCCCGCGCAACCCAGACCUUCGACUCCCUGAUGGAAAUUGAUGUACCCUGCCGGAUCCAGUUAACCGGAACCCCGAUGCACCACACAGUUGGCGAUUGGGUUCCCCAGACCGAGUGGCUGUUCGCCCAAGUCACUGAUCAAGAUGAGCUCGAUAGCCACGGUCCGCGCCUGCUCGACUCAGCAAUUAUCGAGGCGAAGCGCGAAAAUAUAACAUUAGAGCAGGCAUAUGACCGGAUCAAGAGCAUUGCCUGGCCGUGGACCAUCCGGCGCUGGGGAGAGACUAGGGACGCAAACGGGCAGCCCCUGGUUUGCAUUCCCGAGCUUGUGCAGCAUGACGUCCGUCUGCAAUACACCACCGAUGAGGCUAACGCAAUCGACCAGUGGAUCACGGACGCCAAGGGUAACAAGUGGAACGCUAUCCAGACAGUCUUGCAUGAGUGGCGCCUUGCUUGCCUCACCAUGGACCUACCAGACAACGAUGUGAGCUCCGAGGACUCGGAGUCUGGGGAGGCUGCAGUUGUCCAUCGCCAAUCCUGGAAUCGCAAUGACUUCCACGGUGGGCCUACUCUUAGAUGGCUUUCAGAAGUUUUCGUUCCACAGUUGUUGGGACCACCUGAAGGAGGGGUACCAAAUCAGGUCAUCAUUUUUGCCCCAUUGCCAGGCCAAGCAUCUUACGUCAACUGGUUCCUCCGGACCGUUCAUUCCGGUAUUCAUACCAUCUUGUAUCACGCUAGAGUUGCCUCGAGAGACCGGGAUUGUCUACUACAAGAGUUUGCUUCGGGCGAUAGACCGGCUGCGCUUAUCCUCACUCCAGCCCGUGGUGGGACCGGGCUGAACCUUGUUGCGGCAAACCACGUUAUUAUCAUGCAAAAAUUCUGGAACCUCAAUGAGCAACGUCAAGCAGUUGCGCGGAUUCACCGCAUUGGUCAAAGACGCUCCCCAAAAGCGUGGGUCCUGCACUGUGAGGGAGCUGUAGAUGAUAGGGCCGAAGAACUUCACCAGAGCCGUGGAAAGUUUGAGGCGCGGAUCAUGCAUGGAUUGAUUGGGCAGAAAUUCUCCUAUAUGGAGUUAAUGGACGCCAGGGCAACUAGAAUCCGUGAGCUUGAGCGGGCACAAUCUUCUACACAAGCUGUUCCCGAUCCUUCUGGAACUCCGGGUGGUGCUGGUGGUGAUAGUGAAUGA